CCGUCAACCACCACAUCUACGACAACCACCACGACAACCACGACCCGUCACACCCAUACGCUGUUGUGACUGCCUUGCAUACAUCCUGUAUCGACAUAUUGCGACUUCACUGAUGCGAUAGAGUCUCUGUUGUUUAACGCGCCGUUGGUGGUCGAGCGCCUCAUUGCGACCGGUCGCGCCGAUAGACAUCUUCACCGCCAUCGCACCCAUCGAUUCCGUGAACACUGAGGUCACCUUAUCCUCGAGAUCUUGAUAUUCACUCUGGCGGCUUCUUCCCCUAUAACUGCACUAUCCUUGAAAACGACAGCUCGUCUUGGGUGACGUAGCGAGCCAGGCUCAAUUUUUCUGUUAUUCGCAUUGUUUCGUGUAACCAUCGUCACAUUCACAGGCUUUAUCGAUGUCGACUCCAAUAGAUUCUGCUACCAAUAGAUCGUACCCGCUCUCACCUACUCCGAACAGCGAGGUGAAAAGGUCACAGCCCGCGACAUUUCAACCUCGGACUCCACAAAGCCCUCUCCAGCCAAACACGGCCUCGAGCGAGAAGGUGCCAAACACCAGGGUAUCGGGCAACAUGAGUUCAACCAUUUCUAGGACAGUCCAAGGGCCAGCUAUAACAGAUGUGCACGAUAGCGCGAUGCCAAUGUCGAUCGAUUCGAGCAUCCAGGCUGAUGACCUUUCGAACAAACGUAAGCGAGAAUCGGAGGAUACUGGUGGUCGUGAGCAGAAGAAAGUUCAUGUCGAGGAACGCAAGCUGUGUAUUGAGGACCUUCACCUUGAUGUUGGCAAGAUAUACCAACUUUGCAGAACUCCUCAUCCCUGCAAUCAACCGGAUCUAGGAUUAGACCUAUUCGAACUGUACGGACUCAACCCAACUGCGGCGAAAGUGGCACGAGUUCUACCGAGUGGCGAGAAGAAUGGACUACGCAAGACAUACAAGGGCAAGAUCAAGGACUUGGGGAUCAGUGGGAAGUUUGACGUUACAGUGAACGACGAAGAGUCUUCAGGCGGCCUUCUGUCCAUGAUGAGAGAACCAGAACAUGAGUGGAUGGUAACGCAGCGUCUUGGCAAGGAGAUUGAGAAGGGGUUGCCCCAGAAUGUCUUUGCGGCUCUGCCUGCAGCAAUGACGAUGGCCAAAGGUGUAAUACCGAAGCAGAUGUGGGAUAGUUCUGUCCUAGGCGAGUUGGAUAUUCCAGAGAAAAAGCCUGCUGCUCAAGUCCCAUCAAAGCCUACGUCUGCGGGGAUGCAGAAGAGCGCAAGCCAACAGUCCGGAGCAAUGUCCCGCGGUAGUAAGGCAGACCUUGCUCGUCCCAAGCGAGCCGUGAAGAAGCGUGGCUAUGACGAGUCGAGCUUUGAGGGCUACGGGGAAGGCUAUGUUGAUGACGAUAUGGUUGAUGCUGGGUACUCAACCGGCGAGGGUGAUGACCGGGGCGGCCCUGGAAAGAGAAGAAAGAAGUCUGCGCUUAACCAACAACAGUACGGCCCAUCUCGCCAUGGCAGCUAUGGCCCAGGGAUGGUUGGUGCAUGAUCGUUGCAUCGCUGUUGUAUGAAAUGGAGAAAGAAAGCAAGACUGGCCCAUGGGAUUUAUUUGCCCAUGCCUCAGUCAGCAUGUGGACUUUAGGCGACGCCUUCCAAUUUGGAAACCGGCCACAAGCGGCCGUCUGGGUCGAUCCCGGAACAAGGAAGCGCGACGUCGACAGCGAUCGAAAACAGUGUUUCGUUUUUUUUUACCGAAACCAGGAAACACCCACUGGGGUAGUUGAGCUUCAAGAAAUUGAGCUAGCCCGGUGCGGGGAACAUAACUGUAAUGAGUAUCAUUUGCACAUCGGGGCUUAUGCUAUUAGCGAGCGUUUUUGUGUUACUCGAGCCAGAGCAGUUCUAGCCACCAGACUUCUGCAUGAUGCGGAAAGGGACG